CGGCUGAGCGCGAGGGGAGGGGCGGCUGAGUGGCGGCAGAGGGCGAGGCGACUGCCGCAGAGGGCGAGGCGGGAAGCGGCAGAGGGUGAAGGCAUCUUCCUGGUGCUGAGCCUUCUCUGUGGCUUCUUAGUCUGCAUUCCGCCCUCCCGGGAGAGAGACAAACCUCACCGGGUUUGCUGUGAAAACACCGGGUGGAUGGUGGCCAGACCUCACACGGAGAUAAAGGGCCCGAGAAAAGGAGCACAUUUUGGACAAGGGAGAACUCUAGUGCUUGCAAACGACUGAAACCCUGGCGUGGCAAAGUGUUCUCUGGGCAGUGGACAGCGGCGUGGUGGCCAUUUAAGCUGGUGUCAACCUGAAACCUGGAUCAGUUUCACUGUUAGGACAUCUGUUACGUGGCACGCAGGCACCUCUAUGAGCCCAGAGAGGGCACUUGGAACAUCCUGCUUCCAACUCAUGAUUAUCCAUAGAAGGGCUUUCUGCAGCGUAGGCGAAUCUUGAUUUUCUCAUUUCCAGACUUUGCUUGCUCCUCUGUCAUUGAAGCUUGAUUUUCUCAUUUCCAGCCUUUGCUUGCUCCUCUGUCUUUGUAACCCAGUGUGGCCUCAUUUUGCACCACGGGGAUGUAUAAUGAGUAUUCAGCCCACAGGAACAUUGACAACAUACCCACGCUCUCUGCUGCUCUUGUGGCUUUCAUUCAAACAAGAACCAGUGGAGAAACCCUGAGGUAAGUGGUGGCCUCCCAUAAUUACAGGUGUGUUUCACGCUGCGGCAUGUGGACCUUAAGUAUUAACAGAAGUUGAAGAUAAAGCCUAAAAGCCAACUCUGCUGAGAGGUGGAGGUCAGGGGCGGGUCUGGGUAUGAGCCCACCCGUCACGCUCAUCUGCAGUCUCCAGGCUUCAUUCUCUGCCAUGCCGCCUUCAACAGUAUUUUUAAGAGUUUUCAUUCUCAUCAAAGGGGUGGAGAUUAAAUGGUGUCCUCACCCCAAAAGGUGCCCUGCCCUUACUGUUUGACCACAGAGGGCUGCUGGGAGUAAGGAGGUCUGGCGUCGGCCAUGGCAGUGGGUCAGAAGACACGGGGUCCCCGCUGGCUUUCCGAGUAUCGGCUGCGACCCACUGAACUCAGCCAUUGAGCAGCUCCUCUGUCCUGAGUGCAGGCAUCGCACCCAGUGCUGCUGUGGAAACCUCUGUGCUAGGGACAGAAAUAGGAGGAGGAAGAGGUGGGGACUGGCUGGGAGACUCCAUGGGAGAGGAGGCCUAGGAGGGACAGGGGUCAGGAGGUCUCCUCAGCAGAGCCUGCUGGCAGCGGGGGAAUUAGCCUACACCAGAAGUGGCAGGGCGCCACACAGAGAGGUGGUGGAUGGAGGAUGCACUGGGCAAUGUCUUAAAGCCCCAGUUAGCUGGGGGUGCAGCGAGGCGCUGUGGAGGGUUGCCCCAGAUGCAGAGUCGACACCGUCCUUCUGUAUCUGUUCCCCUGUGCUUAGCGUCCUGUGUGACCCGGAGUGGAUGCCCCAUGUGCAUGACGAUGCUGGGUAGGUCAGCCUCAUGUGCUGCAGGGUGAGUUGACUGGCAGCUCCUCCCGCAGGUGUCUGGGCAAGAGGGGACAGGGCUGAUCUAAUUAGGGCCAGGACCAUUCAUCACUGUCCCAGCAUACCGCAGCCCCUGGGGAUGCAGAGGGGAGGAAGAGGGCAGGAGAGAGGGUCAGAGGCUGUUGGUGUUACGGACAGAAGUGUGUGGCCCCAGCAGGUUGGGUCUGGCUCAGGGGAGCAGUAACAGCUGGAAAGAAUAACAGCCCCUUUGAAACUGCCAUCUGCAGACCUCCCUGGCUGGCUUGGGAUGAGGCUGUGCAGGCAGGAAAGAUGAGAGUCCGAGGAGGGCUUUUCCUUUUUGUCCAGUGGGGGCAGACACUGAGGGAACUUCUUGUUCAUAAGGAAGCGGCCGCAAUCCAGUGACCAACUUUAAGGAGGAUGCACACAGAAAGCUGUCAGCAUAACUUGCUUUACUCUGAAGGGUGGAAGUUCGUUAGAGUGACUUGUGGUGGAUUCAGCAGCAUUAAAAUGCCAAUGAAUUAAGUUUUCACGUUUGUUUAAAUUGGAAAUGCCAGUGGUUUGAGGAAAAACACGUUAAGCCUGGAAGCAGAACUUCAGCAGAUGCGGCUCUUUUCCUGUCUGUCUUUAGUGAGGCUUUGAGCUGCCUCGCACAAGCAGGUCCUGCUUUGACCAUUUCCCACGACCUCUGUCACUCCCCCGGAACCCAACCUCAUCACUUUCACCAAGAUCAGGCAUCCACUUCCUGAUCUCCUGCCUCCACCUGCUGAGCUCUCUGAAAUGAUCUGGAAUCUCUUGAUGCCUGUAUCCAGAGGACACUCUCUGCCUUGUACCCACCGUUUGAAGCCACGGCAGCCACGGUGCUCUGGCAGCUGUUCAGCGUGGCCGAGAGGUGCCACGGUGGGGACGGGCUGCACUGCCUCACCAGCUUCCUCCUCCCAGCCAAGAAGGCCCUGCAGCACCUGCAGCAGGAAGCCUGUGCCAGGUACAGGGGUCUGGUCUUCCUGCACCCAGGCUGGCCGCUGUGCGCCCAUGAGAAGGUGGUGGUGCAGCUGGCGUCCCUGCACGGAGUCAGGCUCCAGCCCGGGGACUUCUACCUGCAGGUCACGUCGGCGGGGAAGCAGUCAGCUAGACUGGUCUUGAAAUGCCUGUCCCGGCUGGGAAGAGGCACAGAGGAAGUCACCGUCCCUGAGGCCAUGUAUGGCUGUGUCUUCACGGGGGCAUUCCUGGAGUGGGUGAACCGGGAGCGGCGCCAUGUCCCCCUGCAAACCUGCUUGCUGACCUCAGGCUUGGCCGUCCACCGAGCCCCGUGGAGCGACGUCACUGACCCUGUCUUUGUCCCCAGCCCUAGAGCCAUCCUGCAGAGCUACUCCAGCUGCACAGGUCCUGAGCGGCUGCGCAGCAGCCCCUCAAAGGCCCCAGUCCCCACCCAAGCCACAGCAGGCCCCCAUUUCCAGGGAAGCACCUCUUGCCCCGACACCCUGACCUCACCCUGCUGCCGAGGGCGUACGGGCAGCGACCAGCUCAGGCCCCUUCCUUAUCCAGAAAGAGCCGAGCUGGGAAGCCCCAGGACCCUGUCUGGAAGCUCAGACAGGGACUUCGAAAAGGUCAGCCCCUCAGAGCAGGGCCCACGGAUGCCCUCUGAGAACUGUGGGGGGUCAGGGGAGAGGCCGGACCCCAUGGACCAGGAGGACGGACCCAAGGCCCUCACCUUCCACACAGACCUGGGCAUCCCGAGCAGCAGGAGGCGGCCGCCGGGGGACCCCGCUUGUGUGCAGCCUAGACGCUGGUUCAGGGAGUCGUACAUGGAGGCCUUGCGGAACCCCAUGCCCCUGGGCAGCUCUGAGGAGGCCCUCGGGGACCUGACCUGCAGCUCCCUGGCUGGAGCCAGCAGGGACCUGGGGACUGGGGCAGCAGCCAGUGGGACCCAGGAGGAAACCUCCGGCCCCCGGGGAGACCCCCAACAGACCCCAAGUCUAGAGAAGGAGAGGCACACACCCAGCCAGACAGGUCCAGGAGCUGCAGGGCGGACCCUUCCCAGGAGAUCUCGGUCCUGGGAAAGGGCACCCAGAAGCUCCAGAGGGGCCCAGGCUGCAGCCUGCCACACCUCCCACCACUCAGCAGGCUCCAGGCCUGGGGGCCACCUAGGAGGACAAGCUGUGGGGACCCCAAACUGUGUCCCAGUAGAGGGUCCCGGCUGCACCAAAGAGGAAGACGUUCUUGGAUCCUCAGCCUGUGUCAGCACAGACGGCGGCAGCCUCCAUUGCCACAACCCCAGCGGGCCUUCCGAUGUGCCUGCCCAGCAGCCACACCCCGAGCAAGAAGGGUGGCCACCCGGCACAGGAGACUUCCCCAGCCAGGUGCCCAAGCAGGUGCUGGACGUCAGUCAGGAGCUGCUGCAGUCCGGGGUCGUCACCCUCCCAGGGACCCGAGACCGUCAUGGCAGAGCAGUGGUGCAGGUCCGCACCAGGAGCCUGCUCUGGACCAGGGAACACUCGUCCUGUGCUGAGCUGACCCGCCUGCUGCUGUACUUCCAUAGCAUCCCCAGGAAGGAGGUCCGGGACCUGGGGCUGGUUGUCCUGGUGGAUGCACGCAGGAGUCCAGCUGCCCCUGCCGUCUCCCAGGCCCUCUCAGGAUUGCAGAACAACACAUCUCCUAUAAUUCAUAGUAUCUUGCUGUUGGUAGAUAAAGAAUCUGCAUUUAGGCCUGACAAGGAUGCAAUAAUUCAGUGUGAGGUCGUGAGCUCCCUGAAGGCCGUGCACAAAUUUGUUGACAGCUGCCAGCUGACCGCAGACCUCGACGGCUCCUUUCCCUACAGCCAUGGUGACUGGAUCUGCUUCCGUCAGAGGCUGGAACACUUCGCUGCAAACUGUGAAGAAGCCAUCAUUUUCCUACAGAAUUCAUUCUGCUCCCUGAACACCCACAGAACCCCAAGAACAGCCCAGGAAGUCGCCGAGUUAAUUGACCAGCAUGAGACGAUGAUGAAGCUUGUCCUGGAAGACCCACUGCUUGUGUCUCUCAGGCUGGAGGGGGGCACCAUCCUGGCGCGGCUGAGGAGAGAAGAGCUUGGCACAGAAGACAGCCGGGACACCCUGGAGGCCGCCACAAGCCUGUACGACCGAGUGGAUGAGGAGGUGCACAGGCUGGUCCUCACCUCGAACAAUCGUCUCCAGCAGCUGGAGCACCUCCGGGAGCUGGCGUCACUCCUGGAAGGGAAUGACCAGCAAUCCUGCCAGAAAGGACUACAGCUGGCGAAGGAGAACCCGCAACGUACAGAGGAAAUGGUCCAGGAUUUCAGAAGGGGCCUGAGCGCCGUGGUCAGCCAGGCUGAGUGCAGGGAGGGAGAGCUGGCCAGGUGGACCCGCUCAUCCGAGUUGUGCGAGACGGUGAGCAGCUGGAUGGGGCCCCUGGACACGGAGGCUUGUCCCUCCUCACCCGUGGCUGAGUGUUUGAGGAGCUGUCACCAGGAGGCUACCUCGGUGGCUGCAGAGGCCUUCCCCGGGGCAGGUGUGGCAGUGCUGAAGCCUCAUGCCCUGGGGAAACCGUGGGCAUCACAGCAAGACCUGUGGCUGCAGUACACCCAGACCCGGCUCCGUCUGGAAGAGGCCCUUUCUGAGGCUGCCCCAGAUCCCAGCUUACCGCCCCUUGCCCAGAGCCCCCCAAAGCAUGAGCGUGCCCAGGAGGCCAUGAGGAGGCACCAUAAGCCACCCUCAUUCCCCAGCACGGAUAGUGAGGGUGGUGCCUGGGAACCUGCCGAACCACUGUCCGGCCUCCCUGGACCAGCGCUUCUGUGUGGACAGGACGGAGAGCCCCUGGGCCCAGGGCUGUGUGCUCCGUGGGACCCACUGUCCCUCCUCAGGGGCCUUCCAGGGGCAGGGGCCACCACGGCCCACCUGGAGGACAGCUCUGCCUGUUCCUCUGAGCCCACCCAGACCCUGGCCAGCCGCCCCAGGAAACAUCCCCAGAAGAAAAUGAUAAAGAAAACGCAAAGUUUCGAGAUACCUCAGCCCGACAGUGGCCCCAGGGACUCCUGCCAGCCAGACCAUACUAGUGUCUUCAGCAAGGGCCUGGAGGUAACCAGCACUGUAGCCACAGAGAAGAAGCUCCCGCUGCGGCAGCGUGCCAGGAGCCCCCCGAUCACUCGGAGCCGGAGUCUGUCCUCCCCCUCGGGGCUCCACCCUGCUGAGGAGGAUGGGAGGCAGCAGGUGGGCAGCAGCCGACUGAGGCACAUCAUGGCCGAGAUGAUCGCCACAGAGAGGGAGUACAUUCGGUGCUUAGGAUACGUCAUUGACAACUAUUUUCCAGAAAUGGAAAGAAUGGACUUGCCCCAGGGCCUUCGAGGGAAGCACCACGUUAUUUUCGGCAACUUGGAGAAGCUCCACGACUUCCACCAGCAGCACUUCCUCCGGGAGCUGGAGCGCUGCCAGCACUGCCCCUUGGCCGUGGGCCGCAGUUUCCUGAGACACGAAGAGCAGUUUGGGAUGUACGUGAUCUACAGCAAAAACAAGCCGCAGUCGGAUGCCCUGCUCAGCAGCCACGGCAACGCCUUCUUCAAGGACAAGCAGCGGGAGCUAGGUGACAAGAUGGACCUGGCCUCCUACCUGCUGCGGCCCGUGCAGCGUGUGGCCAAGUACGCGCUGCUACUCCAGGACCUGCUCAAGGAGGCCAGCUGUGGCCUGGCCCAGGGGCAGGAGCUGGGCGAGCUCCGAGCCGCCGAGGUCGUGGUCUGCUUCCAGCUGCGUCACGGCAAUGACCUGCUGGCCAUGGACGCCAUCCGCGGCUGUGACGUGAAUUUGAAGGAACAGGGGCAGCUGAGAUGCCGGGAUGAGUUUAUCGUUUGCUGCAGGAGGAAGAAGUAUCUGAGGCACGUGUUCCUCUUUGAAGACCUCAUCCUGUUUAGCAAGACCCAGAAGGUGGAGGGCAGCCACGACGUCUACCUGUACAAGCAGUCCUUCAAGACGGCCGAGAUCGGGAUGACAGAGAACGUCGGGGACAGUGGCUUGAGGUUUGAGAUUUGGUUUCGCAGGCGGCGGAAAUCUCAGGACACCUACAUUCUCCAAGCAAGCUCGGCAGAGGUCAAGAGUGCAUGGACCGAUGUCAUAGGGAGGAUCCUGUGGCGGCAGGCACUAAAGAGCAGAGAACUCAGAAUCCAAGAAAUGGCAUCCAUGGGGAUAGGCAACCAGCCAUUCAUGGAUGUCAAGCCCAGAGACCGGACCCCUGACUGUGCAGUGAUAAGCGACCGGGCUCCCAAAUGUGCAGUGAUGAGCGACCGGGUCCCCGACAGCAUCGUCAAGGGCACAGAGUCACAAAUGAGAGGGUCCACAGCGGUGUCCUCCUCUGACCACGCCGCCCCCUUCAAGCGACCACACUCCACCAUCUCAGACAGCAGCACCUCCUCUUCUAGCAGCCAGUCCUCCUCCAUCCUGGGGUCGCUGGGCCUGCUUGUGUCCUCCAGCCCAGCCCACCCGGGCCUAUGGAGCCCUGCCCACAGCCCCUGGUCAUCUGAUAUCAGAGCCUGUGUCGAGGAAGAUGAGCCAGAGCCAGAACUGGAGACGGGCACCCAGGCUGCAGUGUGUGAGGGGGCUCCUGCUGUGCUGCUGAGCCGCACACGCCAGGCCUGAUGACUGUCAGGGUGGCAGUGCCCAUCAUGUGGCUAGAACGAUACAGAGGGAGCAGCACGCCAGGCCUGAUGACUCUGGGGGUGGCGGUGCCCAUCGCGUGGCUGGAACGAUCCAGAGGGAAUAGCACAGCAGGUGUCCAGGUAUUUCCCAGGAUUUUAGACAUUCCCUAACAUUUUCAAACAAAUUUAUAAUUUUGUCUUAUUUAAAAAACAAACCUUCCACUUCCACCCAAGACAACAGCAUAGGAAACAGACCUAAAACAAGACAAAAAAAGACUAAACAUGAAACAAAAGAUGUCAAGACACAAGACAUUUGGCAACAAAGGACCGCAAUCCCUGAGAGACAGGAAAACAGGAGGUGAGCCCGGUGAUGGCCUCAGACCUCCCUCCGCCUUGAGAGUUUGCAGGCCUCAGUGCAGGGAGGGGCCCAGGAAGAGCCCAGCAGCCUCCGUGAGUUAAAGAGACCAAGUCAGCAGGAGUUGGCAGGUCAGAGUGCCAGAGAGAGAUGCCUGCAUGGGGAAAGACUCACCAGAUCAGCCCCUCCAGCACCUAGUGGGUUGCUACCCAUUCGCACACUCAAACAGGGAGGCUACCAAGGCUGGGAGCAACCUUUGAAAAGACCAGAGAUCAAUUCCUGGUACUCAUGUGGGCUGGGGACAGGACCCGUUCCCACCAGCCAGACUAGGGAAACUCUCAAUAGAUCAAUUCCUGAUACUCAUGUGGGCUGGGGACAGGACCCACUCCCACCAGCCAGACUAGGAAAACUCCCAAUCUGUGAGCAUUAGGUGGAGUUCUCAGAAAAUCUUGCCUCAGGAAUGGGGAUAAUUAGCCCUAGACUGAGCACUGCUCCUGACUCACCUACAAAAUCAUAAAAGCAAGACCUAAAAUGAUCAAACCAUUCCCAGAUAAUUCACUCUAUCCCAGAACAAAGCUCCAGAUGAUCUAGGGGUUACCAAAGUGUCCGCACCCUGCAAGGUAAACUCACAGUGCCUGACCUCGGAGUGCCAGGCGUGCAGAGGAGCAGCCAAGGGCAAACACACCAAGGAGAGUCGCCUGGCAAAGCCAACCACCCAGAGCCGGCGUCUGUGCUAGAAUCACAGAAUUCAAACUGUGGCUGAAAUCGCAGCCCAGGCGUCCAGAAAGUUAAAGCUAAGAACCUAUAAUCCCAGCACUUUGGGAGGCCGAGGCAGGCGGAUCACGAGGUCAGGAGAUCAAGACCAUCCUGGCUAACAUGGUGAAACCCCGCCUACUAAAAAUACAAAAAAUUAGCCGGGCAUGGUGUUGGCCGCCUGUAGUCCCAGCUACUUGGGAGGCUGAGGCAGGAGAAUGGCAUGAACCCGGGAGGCGGAGUUUGCAGUGAGCUGAGAUCACGCCACUGCACUCCAGCCUGGGCGACAGAGCAAGACUCUGUCUCAAAAAAAAGGUUAAGAAAUGACUUAAUGGAAGAGAUUCAGAAGACCCAGACCGACCUUACAGGGAUGAGAAACUACAAUAUUGACAGUGGAAACUAUCCUGGAUGGGGUAACAGAUUGGAUUUCACAGAAGAGACCACGAGGCACCUUGAAGACACAUCAGUGGAAACUAUUUGCAUUUGUUGGGCCUCCAGAGAGACAGAACCAAUAGGAGAUAGCUAGAUAUAUAUACAGACGAUAGAUGAUAGAUAGAUAGAUAGAUAGAUAGAUAGAUAGAUAGAAUAGAUAGAUAGAUAGAUGAUAGACUGACAGACAGAUGAGAGGGGCCUUAGGGGCAUUGGCUGACACAAUUUUGGCAGGUCAAGAGCCCCACAAUAGGCCAUCCACAAGCUGGAGACCCAAGGAAGCUGCUAGUGUGCCCAGUCCGAGUCCUAAAGCCUCAGAGCCAGGGAAGCCAGUGGUGUAAUUCUCAGAGGCCAAAGGCCUGAGAACCUGGGGGCCACUGGUAUAAGUCUGGAGUCCAUAGACCCAGUGAACUCCAAACACAAGAGAUAUGAGUGCACAUCAUAAUCAAAUUGCAUAUAACCAGUGAUAAACAGAAAAUCCUAAAACCAGUCAGAGGACAAGGGCAUGUUCUGUUGGGAGGCACAAAGCUGAUGAGGAUGGCUGACUCCUCAGGAGCAGCAUGGGUGAGAGGCAGUGGAAUGUACUAAGGAGAAAACUGCCAAAUUCACAUUCUGUACCUGACAAAAUCUUUCCGAAGCAAUGGUGACAUAAAGACAUUUUCAUACACACAGAAACUAAGAGUUUCAUCCCCAGCAGACCUGCACUACAAGAAAUGUUAAAUGAUGUGCUUCAGGGAAAAGAAAAAUGAAGAGCAUGUGCACCAUUCAAGAUUUUCCUCGUUAUUUAAAUCCCUUUAGCCCGUCUCCCAUUUGCCCCAAGAAAUGAGUGCUGGCAGUGAGCUGCACUUUUUUUUUCUCUAAACGGGAAAUGGGUUAAAAGAUGAGUGGCUUGGCCGGGUGCGGUGGCUCAUGUCUCUAAUCCCAGCACUUUGGGAGGCUGAGGCCAGAGGAUCACUUGACCCCAGGAAUUGGGGGGUCAUCCUGGGAAACAUGGCAAGACCGCAUCUCUAUUAAAAAUAAAUAAAAGUUAACUGACUGUUUAAACAAAAGUAUUAAUGUAUCUGUGGUUUGUACUGUACGCAUAGGUGAACUGUGUGACCACAGCAGCGUGAUGGCUGGGAGACGUUGGAUGUGAUAUGUGAAGUGAGGUGUAUCACUUGAAGGUAGAUUGUGGUAAGCUAAAGAUGUACUUAUAAACCCUUGAAACACCCACUAACAAAGAAUUACAGCUAAUAGACCAACAGAGGAGAUAAAAUGGAAUUUUUAAAAAUCCAGUCCAAAAAUACGUAGAGAAAGAGGGAAAGGGAAGAAUGGACUUGGGGGCGACACAGAAGACAAGUGGAGAGAGACUGAAGCAGCCACCGGCCAUCACAGCAAACACAAGCAGGGCGCAGGACGCCGGCGAGCCACAGACAGGCCUGCUCUCUGAAUUGGUGACCACAUGAGUAACUUCACGGGUCUGUUCUAUGUCCAGAGUUGUCAAACUGCAUGCUUUAAAGAUGUGCAGUGGAUCGUAUGUCGCUUAAAUCCCAACAAAGCAGUAUUUUUUUAAAGUACAAUCAUGCAUACAGCACUUCCCCUGGGAGGCAGGGGCUGUGCCCACAGAAGUCGUUACCUCUGCGUCCUGAGUAUGGACAGCCACCAUCACACAGCCCCAGAGGCCGCCCAGGCUCUAGCCACACUCUGGCACUGCCUGGGACAGGUGCCCUCAGGAACCCAAAUGCCACUGCCCCCGUGAAAGCCACUUCAAGCGUGUUGCUUCAAAUCAGAAGGCAUCUACGCCUGUGGAAGAGGAGGCUGCUGGGGGCCCAGGUGUGCAGGGGGCAGGGCCAGGUGCAGGGGCACAGCUUAUGCCUGUGGCCAACCCACUGGGGAGCAAGGCUGGGGAUAUGCCCAGGCCAGCAGGGCCAGCAGGAGUGACUGUGCCAUCCUGAACACGUCCUUGGGCCUCCCAGGACCUUGGUGCCUCCCAUCUGGGCUGGCACAAGCCUCCAGUCAAAAGAUGGGUCUCUCUCUCCUGAUAGCAUGGAGCCUGGAUGUGGGAAUGGAGCCACACCAGCCUGGGUCUCUCUCUCCUGACAGCAUGGAGCCUGGAUGUGGGUAUGGAGCCACACCAGCCUGGGUCUCUCUCUCCUGACAGCAUGGAGCCGGGAUGUGGGAAUGGAGCCAUACCAGCCUGGGUCUCUCUCCUGACAGCAUGGAGCCGGGAUGUGGGAAUGGAGCCACACCAGCCCCACGGGAGCCCCACGACCCAUCAGGCUGUGGGAUGCAUCCCCACGGCCGGGACCCCUCAGCCUGCGACUUGGUCUGGGCAGAUGCAAAGGCCACCCUGCAGGGCUGAGGUGUCUGUGGGGAAGGAGGUGCCCAGCCCUGGGAGGCCAUCUUGCUCCUGCUUUUUAUUUAACCCAUGGGGCUCUUUGGCCUCAUUUUCUGUUUUUUGAGUUUCUCGUGCACUCCAAACUGUCCUGGAGUCAGCCCUGGUGUGAAACAGAGGCUUCCUGCUGGCAGAAGAGGCCCGCCGAGUUACUUCCACACCAGCUGGCCCUGCACACCUCUCUCUGGCCUUCUGUCCACACUGGGAUUUGGCUCUGAUUUCCAGAAGGCAGGGUUAGGAAACACCUGUUUCCAGGCAGAGUAAUGCUUCUGUCUGAAUCAGGCCUCAUGGGCUUCACCAGCAGACACGAAGGUUUCAUUUAGAUGGCGAACACGUGUUCUCAUUUCUCCAGGGUUCCGGGCCCGUGAGCUGAAGCAGGUGCUGAGAAGUGGGAGAGGCGGCCACUGUGUCCCUCAGGGUCACUCGCCCCGCCACGUGAGGCCACUUCCGCCCAGCACUGGGGGCGCUGGGAGCUGAGGGGCCCACAGGGGACGUGGGAGACAGCCCCGAUGCGUCCCGAUCUGCAGUGACGCUAGCGCGGAGUCAUCGCCAAGCACGUGGAGGGACAGCCCUGGAGCCCUGGCCUGGCCCAGCAUCUCCCAGAGUCACUUCCUGAUGCCUCCCCAGCCCUGCCCAGGAAGGGUUUGCGGCCACAGCCCCACAGCGGCCCCCUCGCCUCGACCACCAGUGCCUCCUUCCAAGCUGCCUGAGCAAUCCUGUGUGGUGAGCUCCACCGCUCCCACCCACGCCUCAGCACUGGGACCCCCCCCCCCCAGGGAGGGUGUGGAUCCUCCCCGCCCCCCCCAUCCACGCCUCACCACUGGGACCCCCCAGGGAUGGUGUGGGGAUUCCUGCCCCCCGUCCAUGCCUCAGCACUGGGAGCUGGGAAGGUGUGUGAUUUCCUCCCCCACCUCAGUACUGGGACCCCCAGGAAGGGUGUGUGGCCCCACCAUCCUGAAUGCUCAGGGCUGGUGGUCAGCGAGGUGGCUUCUAAACCAAGCCCUGGGAGGAGCCAUCCUGGGACUGUGCUUGGACAAGGUUGGGGCUCCCGCAGUGAGCUCUAGCCCUCCCCAGGACCCUCCCACGGCCCCAGGGUGCCGGCCUUCAGAUUGACCCCAUUCGUGGAUGAGUCUACAAGGCUCCCCAGUGCCCAGCAAGAGUGUUUUUACAUUCAGAGGUGAGGAAGGGGUGCCAGCAUCUGCCCCAGACACAACCGGGCAGGUACAGAUGUCAUCCCCUUGAGGACAGCAGGGAGGCGACUCAGGAGAGGCUGAUCAGACGGGAGCCGCAUCCCCAUCACCUUCCAGAGAGACCUCUUCUUUUGCCAGGUGUCGUGAGGGCUGUGGCUUAGCUGGGCCUGCGUCCAUCCCCGGUUCUGGGGAGAUGCCCAGGCCCCUCCUGGAUGGCAGCAGCAGUGGAGGUUUGGGUUUUGAGGGAGCCCUAAGAACCUGAGAGACUUAGAUGGAGCACGGCACGCCCUGGAGAGUCCACGUCCCCAGACCCCUCAUGCCAACACCAUUCCACCCAGCAGUUUCUUCCCUGUGGUCAGAACAAAACCCCCAAGACUCAGGCCUCAGGCUGGUUUUCUGACAGGCAAAAUGCUCCUUACAUAAGGAAAGACCUUUCCUUGGCUGACCCUAAAGUAGCCAAGGGGAGCUCACAUCGCCUGGCCUGCCGCCACCACCAGGCUGCCUGACCAGCUCACCGCCUUGUUCUAGAUGCUUCUGAAGCAACAGCUCGCCUGGCCCCACCCCCAUCAAGCAUCUGCUGGGCAACCUCACUCCCCGGCCCGCCUGUGGCUCCCAAAGGUCUCAAGCCUCAACAUCCUGGUAACCAAGUGCACCCAGAGGGCUGGCAGGGUCACAUGGAGGCAGGGCACCCUUGGCCCCAGGGUGGUCAUCUUCCCAGGAGGUCCGCCUGUCAGGUCAGAGGGCAGCAGGAGGCCACCCCACCUCCCCGGGUUCCCUCGAGCAUUCCUUUGUCAGGAGCAGCUCCUCCAGGAUCCAGGCAUCCCUGGCCCCCCUUUGCCCCCGCCCUGCUCUCAGGAGCCCCCUGCCAGGUGCUCUGACCACAGGAAACAGGAACCCUCAGGGCCACUGCCAGAGGACGGAUUCUGCUGCCAACCAGAGGUCCUGGGGCUGGCGGCGCUGGUGUGCCUGCCCUGGGCCUUCAGCAGCCCCCAAAAGGAGAAAGCUCCAGCCUCCCGUUCAGACAAGGCUCCGUCCUGGGGACACGCCUCUCCCAAGGUCACCCACGUGGGGGCUUUGUUACUCAUGCUUCCCAGACUGCGUGCUGUGUCAGAGUUUUCACACCUGCCUGAUGUCCUGGGGGGCUCAGAGAGGACCAACCCUGCAGGGAGAUGCUGACCCACCCUGAGACUCAGGAGAAGAAAACGGCCAGGGUCCAGGCUGCUCCCACCAUCCCUGGGGGAUCAGCACCUUGGCUGAGCCCAAACUGACCACCUGGGGUGUAGGUCCAAGAUUCAAUUACAAAACGAUAGGUGAAUGUGGGUUCUGUGUGCCUGUGACAUAGAGAAUGUUUUCCACACCGCGUGUGAAAUGACGAAAGCUUCUGUGUCACACGUGUAGCUGCUACGAGACAGACGCUCUUGUUCCGGAUCAGAGCAGCAGACAGAACUGGCACUUUUAGGGUCCAAACCCUGUUGCCCACAGAACGCCCAUGACACCAGCUGGGUGGAGCUGCCGCCAAGUCCACGCCCCCUCUGGCUGGGACCUGGAGCUCCCCUCAAGCUGCAGAUCCACUCUGCACCACAAGGUGGCCUCGCAGAGGAGCCUCCCAAGCUUUGGAACCAGAGGCAGGCUCAGCGAUGCUCUCCAUCCGGCCUGGCCCCACCGUGUGUAUCAGGUGUCAGAGGCCUUGCUGGGUGCCAGGCCACGUCUGUGCUGUCACAGCUUUGAGGGGCCAGCGGGUCCUAGGGAGAGGCCCAUGCGACGUGAGUAACAGCAGUUUUUCUUCCGACAGCUGGGAUGGAGGUGGGUCCUCCAGGGAGUGCCCCGGUCCUCGAGAGCCAGACUUGUGCCCGGGCCUGGAAAUGAAGGUCUCAGGCAGGGGCUGCACACACCAAUGGUCAGCACUGCCGUUGGGGGCCUGCAGUCGCCCAUAAUGGGCCCUGCCCCCUAGGCCUGGCCUCUUUUGCUUUCCUCCUGGAUGGUUCCUCUACCCUGGUCCAGCAGGGACUCAGCAGUGCCUGCCAGCUGCAGACCCCCAUGUUCCUGCAGCCUGGAACUCUCCUGCCCUCCAAAGGUCAUGGGGUGACCCAGGGUGGGAACACCAGACCCCCUCACCCCGUGUCCACCGCCCAUGGCCGGGCUCACAGUGUCUCAGAGCCGUGGUGAGCCAUCCUAGGACCAGUGUACCUCACAACCUUUCAGACCAGUUGAAGGCCAGUGGGCUGGGUGGUCCAGGCAUGUCCCCAACGCAGGUCCGGCCAUCUCUGCACAGAACUGGAAUCUCGGUUCAUUUCGGUUUCAGCAGGUCCCAUGUAGUUAGCAGGACAGCACUUGAGUUAGGUCUGAGAAAGAACGCCCGUUUGUCAUGGCAUUUCCUGUAAGGAGCCCAGAGCCGUGGCCCCAGGUUGGGACGGCGGCACCAGAGCUGGGCCUGAGUCUGACCCAAGCUGUGCUGAGUGGUCCUGCUGGAAUGGGAACCCCAAGAGGACCACCCCUCUCCAAAAGAAGGGAAAACAGUAAGAGAGAGGGAGGCUGCAGGGGCCCAGACCUUGGCCGACCUUCCCAGCCAUGGUCUCCACCCUCCGAGACCCAGGGGCCCCGCAGUGACAGCAGGGUGUUGGGCCACACAGAGCCCGAGUAGGUAAAGGAAGGUUCUGGAAACCACUUUUCAGAACCCAAAAGGUGUCUGGGAAAUGGCGUUACCUGCCACUGGUGUAAAGUGUUUACUUUGUAUCAAUACUGAAUUGUUAAAAAUUUUAAUCAUAAAAAUCAAUGGAACAUG